AUGACUAAGCUUCAACAAUCUCAAGUUGAGCAUCAGUUAAGAAGAGAAGUUGAGAUUCAGUGGCAUCUUAGUAACCCCAAUAUAUUCUGGCUCUAUGGUUACUUCUAUGACCAUUAUGCUGCUAGAGGCAAGCUUUACAAGGAGCUUCAGAAAUGCAAAUACUUCAGCGAGAGACGAGCUGCUACUUAUGUUGCAUCAUUGGUGAGGGCUCUCAUCUAUUGCCAUGGCAAGCAUGUGAUACAAAGAAAUAUCAAAACAGAAAAUCUGUUAAUCGAUGCUCAGGGUGAGCUCAAGAUUGCAGACUUUGGUUGGUCAGUGCACACAUUUAACACAUUCCUCCUGAGAUGGGUAAAAUAUCUGGGGCCUAGGGAUUCUCCUUACGAGUUCCUUUAUGGUGUGCCUCCUUUUGAAGCCAUAGAGCACUCAGACACAUACAGAAGGAUUGUGCAAGUCGACCUCAAGUUUCCUCCUAAACCAGUUGUCUCUGCAUCUGAAAAGGAUCUAAUCAACCAGAUGCUUGUGAAGGAGUCAGCACAACGUCUGCCAUUGCACAAACUUCUCGAGCACCCGUGGAUUGUGCAGAACGCUGAUCCUUCUGGAAUCUACAGAGUUUGA